AUUGCCGUGUGCUGCUCAUCGCGCGGAGCAGGUGUGCAUCAGUAACGGGCCCGCAGCCUCCAGAGGAAACAUGUACCGCCUGCUCAUCGUGCUCGUGGCCGCGGCCGGGGCGUCCGUGCUCGGCUUCCCGGGGCAGGGCGGCUCCCGGGCGGCGGCCGGGCCGUGCGUCGCCCCGCUGCAGUGGGAGGGUCGCUGGGUGAUGUACGACCACAGCACCGGCAGGAACAGCCGCGCCGCGGUGUCCUACGACGGCCUGAACCAGAGGGUCCGAGUCCUGCAGCAGCACAAGAAGCACACCCCGUGCCAGAGGUUUUAUGAGUACAUUUACCUGUACCAGAGCAUGGUGAUGUUCCAGAUCGACCAGAAGACCAAAGACUGCUCGAAGCUGGCUCUGACCGACUCCUUCGACCCCUUCGACAUCCCGGACAACUCCACCUUCGAGGACCAGUACUUCAUCGGAGGCCCUGACGACAACGUGGAGGUUCAGGAGUGGUCGGACAGGAAGCCGGCACGUCAGCAUGAGACCUGGGUGGGGGUUUACACCAAGAAGGACUGCUACCCGGUGCAGGAGACCUACACCAAGAACAGCAGCGUGACCACCUCCACCCGCUUCUUCAACCUCCAGCUGGGCAUCAGCGACCCCGACAUCUUCAGCCCGCCCAGCACCUGCCAGUCCGCCCGCCUGGAGAGGAUGGCUGAGACUGUCUGCUGAAGUCCUGCCACGGCUCAGUCUCACUCAUUCACCUCACUCUGAUUGAAAAUGUCUUCCUCACUGAUGACUGAACACUCAGUGUGGGAAGAAGAUUAGGCUUGAGCAGCGGUAGAAGAAGUCGCUUUUGUGUAACUAGAAGUCUCCUAAAGUUAAAAAACACAUUCUUCACUGUCUGUGUGGAUGACUAGUAUAUGGCUGAUACAGUUUCCACCAGUAAUAACUCUCCUUUACAUCACUUCUAUAUGUGUAUCAGUGCUUAAAUGCAAGAAAAAAAACAUUAUUCAUAUUAUUAUCCUUUCUGUUCAGAAAUAAAAGCUAAUAAUGAUAAUAAAAUAAAAUGUUUGCUGAGGCUGCUCAUCUACAAUAUGUGUCAAAAUCUAAAUGUCAUUAACCAAUCAAAGCACUACAAGAGAAAAUGGAGAGUUUUGCUUUUCCAGAAUGUUUCAUAGGAACAUAAUGGUGUGCACAGUGGUACUUUUGUUUGUGUAAAAGUGCACUACUAUAUACUGUAACAUUUAACCUCCAAACAGAAUCCACACAGAGGGUGAAGUGAGUGGAGACUGAUUGAAACCAGUCAUUUUGAACUCAGUUUACAUAACUUAGUUUUUCCUUUUCUUUCUAUUUACACAGCUAAAAACAUCUCGGACCAAUUCGCGCUGCUCUCUUUAAACUCAUAAAUAACAGCACCAAAGGGUUGUUUCUCAGUUUCAAGCUAAAAUGACACUAAAUUUAUUUUUGCUUAAAUCAGGUAACUUUAACAUGUAAUUAUUCCAUAACACAAAUAAAGUGCCUCACAUAAAUGAUCUUUGCACAUGUAAUGAUCCGUUUGAGGUUGUCCUCUCAGUUAUAACGCUGCGGGUUUCUCAGUCUUUGUUGAAAUGCCACAAUGACUUCACACAUUGUUUGGACAUUACAGAUUGUUUCAGUAAUAAACCAACUGUUUGGGACUGUUAAAA